AUGCCGGCACCGAGCCGGCCGUGGGAUGUGCUAAGCUUAUCUGUUCUGAGGCCUCUGCCAGGCCUCGAACCACUGAGCUGGGCAUGCCUGUUGGCCAGCUCCGACAACUUUCCGCCAGAGGGCGGGGAGGAAGAGGAGGACGACGAUGAAACGGCAAAAUUUGUCGAUCCGAUUGACGAGGUUGGGGACCACAACCUGAACGAUGACGAAAAAGCGUGGAUACAGCAGGACUCCGACGAAGGAGACAUGGUCUUGCAGUUGGAGAGCCUUCCUCCCUGGGACGAUGACAACGGUGAGGAAGAUGCUGAAACUGUAGAAGACUUCAACACGUGGAUGAAGAAGUUGGAGGUCCAGUUGGUUGGUGCAGUUUGCGCUGCUUGUGCUGGCCUGUUGGAGAUCCAAGCCCGCAAAUACGAGAGGGAAGCCAAGGAUGCUGAAGCAGAGGCUGCGCAGUGGGCCCGAAGAGCAGAGGUGGCCGCGACAGAUGCUGGGGCCGUAAAUGAGAAAGUUAUUACAGCAAUCCGGAAGCGCCCCGUGCUUGACUGGGUCCAAGCAGCAGGCCGCUUCAAGCGGCUCUUGAAGGACCCAGCACCAUCCGGCGCGUCCGAGGCUGCCGCGGCAGCCGCCGCGCCUUAUGUCAAGGCCGAGCUGUCUUACGCGAGUUCUCAGCUCGACUACACCAAAGCUGCAUCGGCGUGGAAAGCAGAGGCCGAUGCCACGGAGCAGGCGAUGAAGCAGCUCCAGGGCUAUGCCGAUCAAUACCGCAUGAGCGGAAGCAGCUCCGAGGCCGUUCUCUACGCCAGGGAAGCCGAGACGUUGGCCAAACGGGCUGAGGCAAAGAAGCAAGAGAUGCCAGUGACGGCAUCCACCUACUUGAAACAGCAACGUUGGCAGGAUGCACGAGCCACUGCUUCCAAGUACUCGAAAGUCGCAGACCGCAUCACGAAGGAUCAAGAAGAUGGAAGGAAUGGCCGCCGCGCGUGGGAGGCGAAUGUCUGUGUCACACGAUAUCACGCCACGCUGUGCUUCUGUGGUACGCAGCUCUGGCAGGAUCUCCGCGCCAAGCUCAAGACUGAGAGCAAGGGCAACGUGCGCGUCAAGCCUUCAGUGGACGAGCUUCUGCUUCAGAUCCGGCAAGCUCUGAAAGAUGGUGACUGGGCCCCGCUGACAGCAGCAAGUGCCGUGCCGCGGAAUUCUGACAUCAUCAGCGUGGCAGCUUCCUCACAGCUCGCCAACAACGACGUUGAACUGUGCUGCAGUACGCUACAGUACGGUCCGAAGCCGAGGCAAGGCACGAGCAUCCACCAGAGCAGCAAAACUGCAGCAUGUGGAUUCAUCAAGCCGGUGGCUAAGACAGGAUUGUUCAAGCUUAACACUACGCCCCGUGGCCACGGCAGCGACCAGGCAAGGAUACGAGAGGCCAAGCUUCAAAUCCUUCAUCACAGGGUAUCGUUCCUGUCUCAUCCACUCCAUCGCCCGGCACUGCAAGUCAGUUCUGAGCGCCCUUUGGGAAACUUCCUGACCUGGCCGAUUGGCUACGGACAAUUGCUGCAGAUGGUGGUCAGCAGCUUUGAUGAUAGUGGUUGUGGCGAUUGGAGCUUGAUUUCAGCACGUUGUAUUCUCGACUUCAGUGUCUCGAACGCCACUACGUCAAGCUUGCAUCCGCUUCUUGUGGAAGAGUGGUUGUCUGAGGUGCAAUAUAAGAUUCUGGGUCCUGGGAUCCAGCCAGCCAGUCAGACACCUGCCUCAGCCUCAGUGUUGGUAGUGCCACUUGUCACCAGCACGAAAGUGAUCGAGUUGAAGCAGCUCCUGGCGAUGAAGCUCCUCGAAUCAGGGCGCAUGGGUCUUGCAGUGCAAAGAAGGACCUCUCUCUUCCCUGAAGUGCAACGGUUGGUUGUGCGUCAAGGUGAGAAGGAAGGUACGAGCAUCCAUUUCUCAUUGUUGGAGCUGGUCAUAUCGGAACAAGGCCUGAGAAAAGUGGCCAUGCCUCUGUCCACAGUGGCCUUCAUGUCAGCGCAGGUCGGCGGAACCUCCUGGAUCUCACAGGCGAACAAGACAUCCAAGUUACAAACUGAACUUGGCACGUACCACCUGCAAUACGACGAGCAGAAUCCUGUACCUAAGAACAUGGCAACCUGGCCUUCGCGCGAUGAGCUGCUGGAACACUUUGCCCAGGUAUCAUUCGAGUAUGGACUCACCCCAUACAUCCAACUGGAGACGAACGUCAAGGCCAUCACCGUGAACGGCAGCAGCUCGGAAAGCGGGCCCUUGGAAGUCACCUUGGAAGCAACACAGAACUAUACGGGAGUCCUUCCGCCAGAACCCACGGGGCGCGGUGUCAGGCAGCUCCAAGUCAGCAGCGUCUUCCUGUAUCCAGGCAACCUCUCCUUUCCUCGGCAACACGACUACGUUGGGGAGGAUCUUUUCGGUGGCAUGAUUGAGUAUGCAAUGUUCGAUACCAUUGACUACAAUCAGGCAGUGCGCGGCAAGGAUGUCAUGAUUGCUGGGCAUGGAGCUUUUGGUGUGGAGAACAUUCGGACCUGUUGUGAAUUCUCUGCGAGACGGAUCUACAUGGUUUGCCGCAGGACGAAUCUCUCCUGUCCACGCAUCAGCUCUUGGUUCUGCAACCAGUCCGACCCCCCAGUCCCCGCCUCCCUCUUCAUUGAAAGCAUGGAGCCAGCUUACAAGCUAAUCGGAUUCGACCCUUGGUCAUAUCACUCUGUCACCACGAAUACUGCCAGAACGAACGCGCAAAUAAACCAAAAGGCUCGAUUCGGCAUCGGGGAUGUGUACUUCCUAGCCCUGAGCAUGGGCAAAUGCGAAGUCAUCGUCGAUGAGGUGAAGCGGCUCUCAGCAGGGCGUGUCCACCUCCAGUCCGGAAGAGAUCUGUCUGUACAGACAAUCCUGAAAGUGUUUGGUUUCGUCGGAGACCAGGAGGUUGACCGCCUUCUGAAAGUCAAGAGCAUGUACGGCUAUUGGGCGGAUACGGACAAUCGUCGGUUCACUGCAAGCGAAAAUCCAGGUGUCUAUGCAAGCAAUUUCGGUGGCACCAGCCUGUCUCCAGGUGCAAUCUUCUUUGUACUAAGCGCAAGCCAUCUCAUGUGGUUUCCCAAGGACUGGCGCAGACUUGUUGACUCCGGUCAGCUGCCUACGAACAAGCGGGAUGAUUCCAUUUCUAGGCCAGCAUACGUGCUGGAUGCCAAGACAGCCCUGCCGAUCAGUUUCGUUGUUUCGUCGAUGUGUCCAGGAAUAGGCGAGGCCGCCAUGCAUCAUGGCGCACUUAAGAAGCGGAAGCAGCUCGAAUGUCAUCCUCCGGAGCGCUUUCUGGAGGAGUGCCGAAAUGAAUGGGAUGAGUACGCGAACAAGUGGAAGUCAGAGGACCCAUCUUUGAACGAUCCUCCGGCUUAUCCUUACACGCUCAAAAUUGUAAAAGGGCUUCUGGCGAAACACGCUGCCCUCAUCACUGAUCAGCCAAUGCGCUGA